UUGAUCUCACUCUCGUGUGUCUGGAAAGCUUAAAGACUGGUACGAUCUGGUCGCGAUCAAUCAUUUACACGCGAACCUGCCUACCGGACGGACUGUUGUGCGAGUGUAUUGUGUGUUUGUGAGGGUGUGUUUGUGUGUGCUUGUGCCUAUUUGAAUCUGGUUAGUUCCUGCUGCAUUGUCCCAUUUUUUUCUCACCUUGCUUGCAGUUCACGUGUGGUGCAGUGAUCAAGUUCAGCGCAAAGAGUGAGUCCCAGAAUCGCGGAAGAGUGAGCAACAGCUGGCAGUGUGUUUUGGUGCCUAAAAUCAUAAUCCCCAACCACGCCAAUACGAUGAAGUGGAUGAUUCUGAGCUGUUUGGUGAUCGCCGCGCUGAUGAUGCACGCCGGUGACGCUCGGCCAGACAAGUACAAGGAUUACCCGAAAAAGGGUGGCUACGUGCCGGUCUAUGUGCGCUAUCCCAACCAAAAGCUCGGUGCGAUCAGUCCGGAGUUGGCGGCUGCCUUUCAGGAAAGCUCGGGACGUAGCUCCAGGGGAAAGCUUAUUCAGGAACUGAACCGUCCGGUACGCUUCUCCUCCGAGUCGAGCAGUGACGAGGAACUGCACAAUGACAUCACCGCCAAGCCCAAGGCAGUCAAGGUGGACUCGAUCAGCAGCGAAAGUAACUCUAACUCGAACGAAUCCAUCUCGAACGAAAAGGAAGCAAAGGAGGCGAUCAAGGAGCUGCUGAAGCAGAUGAACAAGAUCAGCAAAGCGGCUGCUGCAGCGAAGACUAAGAAAGCUUAGAUGGAGGAGAGAAACAAAAGCAACAAGCUGCCAUUAGAAUAGAAAUGAAAUUUUAUAUCCCAACGACAUACUUUAGACUCAACGAAGAUACUCAAGCUGUAAAAACAACACUGCCGCAAUGGGUUGAGAGGGCAACGAAAAAGCAAUUAUUUGCUAUUCCAUUUAUUUAAAGAAGAAUAAAACGAUACUAUUUUACUUCUACUGACCA